AUGCCGCCGACAUCGUACACAGAUUACGCCGCGAUCCAGGCUCUGUCCGACCCUUGCUUCAAGGGGCUCAAGAGAUAUAUGCGCCGGAAGGCUACUCACUCCAGCAGGAUCGCCGUUAUUGAUUACGCUCAAAAUGGCUCGCUUGAAUCUAACCACAAACCGACGGUGCUGGGCGAUUGUAAUAUCGGCGACAUUGUCAACCAGCCAGCCGCAGACACCAUGCGACUUCUCCUCAUUGAAGACAUCAACCCUCAGAUAAUAAUAGCGUUGGUUGAAGCAUUCGAUAUUAACCCAAUUUUCUUCGCCGAAUAUGUCAACUUGAAAAUUUUGGACGUCGAGAAAGACGCUGGAUCGCAAUCGCUCACAACAUUACCAUCAUCGAAGUCUGGUGAAGAGUACUUUCACCUUCCUUACCAGCAAGUUCUAGAUCUCGGAAGUGCAGAGCUAUGUCAUGAUAUGAAAAAUGCACUACAUACGGAAUCAAAUAUUCCUCGAGAUAUCGAGAAUCUGGCGUCUCUAUCAGGUCGACAGUUCGGUCUUGCUCAUGCUACAUGUUCCAUCAUGAUUAAGAAGUUCGAUACUUAUUCGAUAUGUUUAAUCUUACUAGAUCCUUCGGUGACACACGCUGUCGAAGCUACCAGAGCUGGAAGACGUCGAAGAUAUCCUGCUAAUAGUCUGCCAGCAGGCUUUGAGGAAUCUGAGCUUCGUCGCUCCAUGACUUCCUUCAAGGACAUUCAAGCGUACUUGGAUGGUACAUCAAUGCUGGACAAUUUGCUGCAUUACUUCCAGACUCCAACAUUUCCCGGAGACUUAACUGCGACUUCAGUUAUUUCGCACUUUUGCCGCUAUCCUAUUAUUGUAGUUCUAACCCAUUGGAAUCUCUAUAUACGUCUUGUCGACCGCUUUUCUAAGCACUAUAAGCACUCACUUGAGGACACUAAAAGUCAACUCGAUAAUCACCACAUCCUCAAUAUACUCCGUUGGAUACGACAAAUCCGACAGAGACGUCACAGAUUGACGAUUCUUUCAGAGUCCGUCAACUUUCGGAUUCAGCAGGGAUCUGAUACAAUGACUUGGCAGUUACUUCUCAGUGAUAUUACCGAAUUACAAGAUCAACUCCAAGACUAUUCUCAGUUGUUUGAGGAGAUGUUCAUACUGAAUAGAUUGAUGGUUCAACAUUUGGACUCAGGGAGAUCCAUCUUUGUAGAUGUCAAUGUUUAUAUUGCCAUCCUCUUUGUGCCCAUGUCAUUUUUCACGAGCAUGUUCAGUAUGUCCAUGUACGAUUUACCUAACGACAAGGAACUGUGGAUAUGUAUCUCAACAACUCUUCUCUUUCUGGUUCCUGCCAUUGUGCUAUUGGCUCUGUAUCAGGAAGUUGUGCAAGCACUGGAAGACAUUUACCUGGAAUCGAUCCGGGUUUACAAGUCUGCGUAUUUAAGCUCAUUUACACAACAGGAAAUGGUAUAG